GAAAUAAAUGUCAUUUGUCCAGAAAAGAACAAAACAACACAACAAUAACAUGUAAAAUUAGGAUGACGAUAUUAUCGACAGACUGGAAACACACAUGAAGAACAUGAAUCAGUGAGGACGUCGAGCAACUUCCAGGUGAACGUCUUUAGUUCUGCAGGUAUUUGGUCAUCAAAGUAUUGGACAAAUUCAAAUGUUGACCUGAUAAUGGCGCUAGAUGAAAAGUCAGAGGAUCCCCAGAGUCACUCCAGUUCCAGCUUAGCUGACACAUUCAACAGCAGACAGCUUUUUGUAUCACUCUGUUUCACUGUGGGAGGAAACGGGUACUACACCUUUGGCUCCGGAACUAAACUGUAUGUAACAGAUGAGCCGGUAGCGAAGCCCGUGGCGAGCGUGUACCCGGCGGCGCCCGGAGCCCGCCUGGAGGGCCGGAGCGCCCUGCUGUGUCUGGCCUCGGCCAUGUUUCCCCCUGUGGUCCGGUUCUCCUGGAAAAGACGAAAGGAGAACGGUCCUCUGGAGGAGCCGCCCCCCGCUGAGACAGAGCAGCUGGAGCUCAGAGAGUCGGGACGCGCCGCCGCCAUCUUGCUGAUCCAUCAGCCGGAGAACAGCACAUAUAAUUACAUCUGCUACGUCCAGCACGAGGGGGGCAAAGCGGAGGCCCCACCAGUACCAGGUAAUGAAGGCUCGAGGCUCCAGCUCCAGCAGCUUCCCGUCCUCCAGAGAGAGAGCCGACAGACCUGCCGGCUGUGCAGCAAGCUGACUUGUCAGUGUCAGUGUCAGUGUCCUUCCAGUCUCAGUGCAGGGUGAAGCUGCUCUUGCUGCUGUACUCAGUGCUGAUAGUGAAGAGUCUGGUGUACUGCUGUGGACUCUCUCUGCUGAUGAUCCUCAGAAACAAGGGACCGUCCACCAACUGCACACAUGCUGACUGACUGUUUCCUGCUCGCCUUUCCUCGCCAUCAGAUCUCAUCCCUUCAUCUCAUGCGUCGUCCUAAACGUACAAAUACAUAUACACACAUAUAUAUCUGCAGUUACUGAGUGUAUAUUCUGUGGUAAAGUGUUAUUUUGAUCCUCUAGUUUAUUUCUGCUUUGAAUUGUGACUUUUAUAAUAAUAGAAAAUGAAGCUGAAUCAUUGGCUGCCUGCUACAUAUUUUAUUGUUUGUGGUAUUUUUCUGUUCUUGUCUUUCUCUUUAAUACAUGAUGCAGAGUGUGGCAGGUUUGUCAAAUUCUUUCACUCAAACAUUCUCAAUAAAGAGAAAAAUCACAGCGUGUUUCAUGAACAUCUUUGUUUUCAUGGAUUUCACUUUGGCUUCAGAGCAAAUCACCAGAAACAGAAUCAACUUCAUCGGCCAUGUAUGUUGACGGC